AUGUCCGAAUCCGAACGCGAUACCACAGUCUACGAUCUGCAGUCCGGCGCUCUUGCCUAUCUCGACGUGCAAAGAUUCGCCUCCGACUUCAUCGAACUUUUCCCGUCUUCCCAAGUCGCAUUGUCUUACUUCCAGCAACUCUCAGGCAUUGAGGUAAUAGACUCUUUCGCUGUAUCACUGAUCUGGAUCUCCAGGUUAGAGCAAGAUUGCGUACGCAUCCUUGAACAAGAAGGUUGUACCCUUGAUGUCACCGAAGUGAUUGGCUCCCGUCUUCCACCAACUAUAAGGGAGCAGGUGGCCGGCCGAGCCAAGAACUCCAUUGUCGCUCACUUCUCCGAGACCACUGGAGGGCUGAAGAUAGUGCGCGUCGGCACUCUGAUACUCACUGAAAGGCGCCGAGACGGAGCACUCGACGAGCUCGCUGGCUACGCAAAAGAAGCUGCAAAGGCACAAUGGCAAAGUCUACACGACGAUCCAACCCUAGUGGAAGACGUGAAAUUCACUCGAGACAAGAUCAAAGACAUGAUUCCUCCCACAGGCCUUGUUCAGCGCCUUCUCCUCCAACAAAAACCAGUUGAGAAGUUAUUAGAAGAGCGCUUCUGGUUCCACGUGUCCUCGUUCGAAACACUGAAUGAAGAGGAGUUUGCCAUGUACUGGACAGAUCGCAUGCUCACCCGAUAUCGGAUAUACAGCGCCGGCUUAGUUUCAGUCAUGGACCAGAAAGUGCACAGCCAGCUUGCUCAGGUCUUUGCAACUUACGCACACAAGGACCUUAUACCCGAUACUAUUGCCAAAGCACGAGCGCAGGGUCUAGUCCUCAGCCGCAAAACAAGAAAGAAUGUUACCAAGCUCUCGAGUGUGCUGGAGUCCACGACGCCUCUGGAUAAUACAUCACUAUCUUCAGCUUUGGAGAAAUUCAAUAAAAAACAAGGUAUCAACCAUCCAUCUACAGAUUCGCUGGCUGCUGCCAAGCAAUCGAUGCUCGACGACAUGCUUCGCCGAAUCAAGAAACAAAAAGCUUCCGACGGCCCCGUACUCUUCUUAACGCUAGUUAUCUUGCUCUUCGCAAAGCAGUACGAUGGUGUCGUAUAUGCAACGGGAAAGUUCACACCAAAGCUGUUGAAGUUAUUGAAAGGCAAGCUGGAGUAUGAGCAGUAUGAGCAGCUUGAGAGAUGGAAGGAAGCUGCCAAGGCCAAUACCUUGAGCGCGGAGGAUAGGGAGGGUAUGGCCAGGAUGGCAGCGACGUGA